GGCCAUGUGUUCUAGGUCUAGGUUACGCGGCUGCCGAUGAGGGGGAAGCAGCUGCGUGAUGUAACGGAUGUGAGGCGAUUCGACAAUCUUCUAGCCGAGGAUCGAGCAGUCGGUCAGGUCACGUCGGCGCAGGUGAAUUUCAUGACUGUCGUGGUGAACGAGCUGGAGCGCUCGAUGAGCUUGCAAGAAGAGGGCUUUAGAGCAGGGAUUAAGCUUCUUUGCGUGGUGAGAGCAUUUCUCCAAAAGAUCAGGAGAAGAGUCAUGGUUGGUGAUAGUGUUUUAGUCUCGGGAAUCGAUUAGACAGACAAACGCGAGAUGAUUGAAGAUGUUCUACAGAGACGAUGGGACACUUCGGAUCCACCAGUGGCUAAUGUUGAUUUGCUACUGGUGCUGGAUAGGCCGCGCUUGGAUCCUGUGAUAAUGAAUAGGUUCUUAGUCAAAGGCGAGUCUACUGGAAUACCUCUAGCAGUGGUGCUCAGUAAGGCGGAUCUUGUUACUCAGGAGUUUUCAGAUGAAAGAUAGCUGGGAGAAGCAGCUGAUGGAGUCGGGAUAUAAACCAUACAUAUGCAGUGUAGAGACUGGUAUGGGGCUUCAUGAAGAUAAAACAUCAGUUGUUUUUGUCCAAAUGGAGUGGGAAAAUCGAGCUUGAUCAACUUUCUACGUGGAAAAUCUUGCCUUCCACCAGAUGACAUCCAGGCACUAGACGAAGUCGACGAUGAAGUCAUUCGGGUGUCGUAACGGACUGGAUCCGGAAGACACACGAUGCGGCACGUUUCUCUUGCAUCUGCCAUUUUAGGGGGGCUAUGCUCGCUGAUACUCCAGGUACUUUUUGUCAGCUUCUUCUUAUCGCGAUUGUGAGCAUAGCUGGAUCAGCUGGCCUCAGCUUUUACUUCUCAGCUAGACAGGUAAAGGUGACUUACACUUUUUCUUUUCGUCUUUUCUAUUGUCUAGGAUCAAGGCCUGGAUACAAUAGCCGAAGGCUCAAGAUAUCAACGAAGGAAGAGCCAUGCCUUAUUUCAAGUGCCGAUAAAUCCGUACAGGAAAUGGACAGGCUUUUCGACGAGAUUGACUGCAAGUCAUAUCCGCGGGUGGCCUGCGGGAGUUUAGCCUCACACGAGCAGCAAAGCAGCAGCAACAUCAACCUGACAACGCUGCUGAACCUCCGGUGUCUGGACAGGGCCAUGUCUCUCCACUCUCGUCGGGGUGGUCGCAGAGCAUUCGCUUGGCUUGGUCGUGCUGAUGAUCUGGAAGCACAGGCUUGACAGGCACUGCAAGGCUUGGCUCAAAAGUAUACAUACAAGGAUCUGGCGAGUGGGAACUUCGCUUCGAGUAAAGAUUAUCAUUUCUGGUGUGGAUCAACGGAUGCUUCAGAGGCGUAUUGGAUGUUAGAAACUUGGACAGCCAUUUUUUGGGUGCGAAUUCUCCAGAGCUCGCAAACUUACCUGUAAAACAAAAACCCAGCACGAGAUCUCGAUCUCCCCGGUAAGCUGUAGGAGCUGCUGCUUACUUAACUGGGAGAAAAAAAAAGGAGAAGAAAUGAAAGAAACAGAACACUCUCCAUAAAAACUGUGCAAGCCAAUGAACGAGAGAAGAAGAGUAGCUCUGGACCUCGGGCCUGCUCCAGGCCGCUGGAACGUAAAGAGAAGCUCUUCGCCUUCACUGCAAUGACGACCGGCCUUAUGUGUUUGUUUACUCAACCAAUUGGA